GGAUUUAAAGAAGUUAAUAAGCUCUGCCGUUUCUUCAAAGCUUUGUUUAAGGUAAGACUGCUUUGUAAUGUUAUAAGGCAAUAUGUAUAUGAAAGUGGAUCAGAAUUAUUAUUUUUUUUUAGCAUUUGGCUUGAACCAAACGGGGUCCCCUAAAUGGACAUGAAUAUUACCCCGAAAUGUAAUUUGACAAAAAAAGGGGUACACCUUCCCACAACUAUGAGCAAAAGCCUUAAACUAAGGAUUGUGUGGUUUCAUGAGUCUAGAAGUUGAUUGUUAUAUCAUGUGUAUAUGAACCAUAGAGGCAACACUCAAGCCAACAAGCAACUAACGUUCCAUACAGCCUCUUUAACAGUAUAAUAUGUUUUGAAAAACUUUUCAGAUUGAUAUGAAAUAUAGUGUAAUGCCUGAUGAUGAUACACUGUCUCCAGGCCCAGCAGACAGAAAAUCAGAUUCAGGAGGACUUUGAGAAACUUCACCAGUUUCUACGAUAUGAAGAGGCAGCCAGGAUGGCUGUCCUGAGGGAGGAAGAGGAGAAGAGUCGGAGGAUGAAGAAGAUUGACGAUAUGAACAGAGAGAGAGCAGCCAUUUUAGACACAACGAGAGCCAUAAAGAAGGACCUGGUAUCUGAUGACAUCUCAUUCCUGCAGAACUACAAGGACACGUUAAAAAGAGCCCAGUGCACAAGCCCAGAUCCAGAGCUUGUUUCUGGAGCUCUGAUCAAUGUGGCAAAGCACCUGGGCAACCUGCAGGUCAGAGUUUGAGAUGAUGCUGAAGUCUGCGCCUGUGAUUCUGGACCCCAACACUGCCCAUCCAUGUCUCAUCCUGUCUGACGAUCUGACCAGUGAUGAGAUACGGCUGCUUCCUGACAACCCAGAGAGGUUUGAUAACUAUCGAAUGGUCCUGUCCUCUGAGGGCUCUGACUCUGAGACACACAGUUGGGACACAGACGUCGGGGACAAUACAGUAUGGUUUGUAGGUGUAGUCUAUAAGUCUGUCCAGAGGAAGGGAGUGGUACAGACUGGACUCUGGCGUGUAGGCUAUUAUAAUAUUACUACUACUGUAUUUAUUUUGCUCCUUUGCACCCCAUUAUUUCUAUUUCUACUUUGCACUUUCUUCCACUACUAAUCUACCAUUCCAGUGUUUUACUUGCUAUAUUGUAUUUACUUUGCCACCAUGGCCUUUGACUUUACCUCCCUUAUCUCACCUGAUUUGCUCACAUUGUAUAUAGACUUAUUUUUCUACUGUAUUAUUGACGCUGUUUGUUUUACUCCAUGUGUAACUCUGUGUUGUUGUAUGUUUAUCUUGGCCAGGUCGCAAUUGUAAAUGAGAACUUGUUUUCAACUUGCCUACCUGGUGAGAAGAAAAAAAAAUAAAAAAUAAGAUAAAUACUGGGCACGUUGUCCAAAAGGGCCACAGACUGUCCUGACACUGGAAAAUAAACCCCAUCGGAUCAGAGUGCAGCUGGACUGGGACAGAGAUACACUGUCCUUUUACGACCUUGAUAAUAACACAUACACACACACUUUUACAGAGAGAUUGUUUCCAUACAUCAAUAUUGGCAGUAAUCUCUACGCUGCUAGGAUCUUACCAGGGAAAGCCUCUGUAACAGUGGAACAGCACAUUAUACCUCCCCAUGUUAGCCCUUCUUCCUUUUAACUUGAUCAGCUGUUGUGGUACGCUCACGCAACGGAAGGCUCCACUACCUCCGUGAUUUAGAUUUGUUCGGCAGGAUUCAAUUAUG